AGCCAUGGGUAUUGAUAUCCGCCACCACCACGCCAAGAAGGGCCGCCGCACGGCUCCCGAGUCGGAGGACCCCUAUCUCCGCCUGCUCGUGAAGCUGUACCGCUUCCUUGCGCGCCGUACCGAGUCCAGCUUCAACAAGGUUGUCCUGCGCCGUCUCUUUAUGUCGCGCAUCAACCGCCCUCCUCUCAGCCUCUCCAAGCUCAUGACCCACAUGAAGAAGCAAGAGUCGAAGAUUGCUGUCAUUGUCGGUACCGUCACCGAUGAUGUCCGCGUCAUUGAGGUCCCCAAGCUGACCGUCUGCGCUCUGCGUGUGACCGAGUCUGCCCGCAAGCGCAUCCUCGCUGCCGGUGGUGAGAUCAUGACCUUUGACCAGCUGGCCCUCCGUGCCCCCACUGGCCAGAACACCGUCCUGCUCCAGGGUCCCCGCAAGUCUCGCGAGGCCGUCAAGCACUUUGGUGCCCCCGGUGUGCCCCACUCGCACGUCAAGCCCUACGUCCGCUCCAAGGGCCGCAAGUUCGAGAAGGCCCGUGGUCGCCGUGCCUCUCGUGGCUACAAGGUCUAAAGCGCCUCCUGCGUUGCGCUUGGACCCCCUCGCAGUUUUUUCCACAAUUGAUGAGGGCUUUUUGAAUUUGAUGAUCUUGUGUCUCACAUGUCAAGCAAACAAUCCAAACUCGUCAC